AUCACCUUUGAUCUUCCAUUUUUACAGCUAAGCAAGAAGAUUCCUAAUAUGAAGGUUUUCGUGUGUGUUUUAACAGUUUUAGUAGCUUCAUGCUCAGCCGGAUUCUUGGGCGGUAGCUCUGGCGGUGGAUAUGCUGCUGGUGGCCAUGGAGGUUACAGUGGCGGUGGUGGUCAUGGCGGAAGCUAUGGCGGUGGUUAUGGAGGAGGUUAUGGUGGUGGCGCCCAAGGAGGUGCUGCCGUCAAAACCAUUAAAGUCAUUCAUCAACAACAAGCUGGUGGUUAUGCUGGAGGUGCUUCUGCUGGUGGUUUCGGUGGUGGCCAUGGUGGUUACUCUGCCGGUGGCGCCCAAGAAGUCAAGACAAUCAAAGUGAUCCAUCAACAACAACAGCAACAAGGUGGAUAUGCUCAUGGUGGUGCUGUCGCUGGACACGGAUACGCAGCCGCCGGUGGUCAAGGUAGUGCUGAGCAUGUCAAAACCAUUCAAGUUGUCCAUGAACAAGCUGGUGCUUCUGCUGGUGGUCAAGGUGGUUACUCCUAUGGUGGUGGUGCUGCUGCUGGUGGUUACGGAGCUGCUGAAGAAGUAAAAACCAUUAAAGUUGUCCACGAACAAGGUGCUGCUGCUGGUGGUUAUUCCGGUGGUUACUCCGCUGGCGGUCACGGUGCUGCUGAGGAAGUUAAAACCAUACAAGUUGUUCACGAACAAGGCGCUAGCGCUGGUGGUUAUUCCGGUGGUUACUCCGCUGGCGGCUAUGGCCAUCGUGCUGCUGAAGAAGUAAAAACCAUUCAAGUUAUCCAUGAACAAGGUGGUGCUGCCGCUGGUGCAGCUCAAGGUGGUUAUUCAUAUGGAGGUGCCAGUUCCGGUGCUGCUCAAGAAGUUAAGACCAUUCAAGUUGUCCAUGAACAAGGUGGUGCUUCGGCUGGAGGUUACUCGGCCGGGGGAUACUCCGCCGGAGGAUACUCAUCCGGUGGUGCUAGCGCCGCUGCUGAACAAACUAUUAAAGUUAUUCACGAAGAAGCAUCUGCUGGAGGUUAUUCUGCUGGUGGUUAUGGCGGUUUUGCUGAUGCUGGCGCUACUUCUGCUGCUGGCUCUGGUGGCUUCGACGAUGCACUUGAAACUUUGAAAUCCCUUAAAGUUAUCGGUGCUUUGGGUGCUGAUGGUGGUGCCGGUGGUUAUGGUGGUGCCAGCGGUGCUGGUUCAUAUGCCGGUGCUUCUUCAGCUGGUGGUUGGCAAUAA